AUGGAGAUAAUUAGAUUUUUAGAAUGUUCAACAAACUAACAAUAUGUUUGGUUACAGUCAUGGUUCUUAUAAAUACACAAUCAAAAAUUGCUAAUAACCUAGAUCUGGUUCAUUGAAAUUUACUAAUUGUUGUGUUUUUUCAAAGAGAGUAUCACAUUAGUUGUCCAAAAAAUUAUAAACUGUUAUAUAUAUAUUGGAGUAGAUACUAUAUUGGAAUAGAAGGAUCACACAUAAGUGAACUCUACUUAAAAUACUAAGACCAUCUCAGAAUAUUAAUAUUAAUAAUAAUAAUAGGAUGACUACAUGAGUGAUUGA